CAACCCAACUCUCAUCUUUCCAUCUCUCUUCCCUCUACAAGAAUGUCGACAUCUCUUCCUUUCUCUCUCUAUAUCUACAGUUUUGUAUGUAUACAUCAUCUCUGCUUAUAUGUGUGCCUAUAUUCCUUCACUUUUGACAAAAAUCAUCAUCCCAUGUCAUGCAUUCGGAACUCGUCAGCUCUCUUGUUUGAUUCUUCUUUAUUAUAUAUGUGUAUGCAUGCCGCUCCUCACACAUAUCCUUGUGUAUAGAGAUUCGCGUAGUUUGCUUUGAGAGUUUUGCAGAAUUGGAUAGAAGCGUCCAAAGCAAGGGAAAAUAAAACAAGGGAUUUCACCUGCUGCCCAUGUCAUUUCUAGAGGAUCUGUUGCCCGUUCUUUGGUCGGGGAGAUUUGGAGAGAGAAUUCGGGUUUAUUCUGACUCGUUUAUAGAGAAUAUCUCUGAAUCCAUGUCAAACAUCACAUGUAGUGCCCAUGAUGAAGAGAUUGAAGGAUGUCGGGAUGACUCUUAUGCUCUCAUACUUAAACUGAUUGCAAUUGCUGCAAUCCUCAUUGCUGGAGUUUGUGGUGUGGCUAUUCCAUUAGUUGGCAAGAAGCGCCGCUUCCUACGGACCGAUUCCAACCUCUUUGUUACUGCCAAAGCCUUUGCUGCUGGUGUCAUUCUUGCCACUGGCUUUGUCCACAUGUUACCAGAUGCCACAUCAGCAUUAACUGACUCUUGUCUGCCAAAGCAUCCAUGGUCAAAGUUCCCCUUUUCUGGGUUUAUUGCAAUGAUGGCUGCAUUGGCCACAUUGCUGGCUGACUUUGUUGGGACGCAAUAUUAUGAGAGGAAACAGGAGAAACAAAACCAAAUUGUUCAGGCAGGUCCAUCGGACGUAGUGUCUGAAUCAGGGAUAGUUCCAGUUGAAACGAGGGGUUAUAGCGGAAAAGUGUUUGGAGAAGAGGAAGGGGGUGCAAUGCACAUCGUUGGGAUGCAUGCGCAUGCAGCACACCAUAGACACAGUCACUCACAAGAACAGGGGGCAUGUCAAGGCCAUCCGAGAGAGGAUUCCUACGGUCACUCACACUCGCAUGGGAUUGGCGGUGGGGAUGAGGAAAGCGGUGUCAGGCACAUUGUCGUUUCACAGGUUCUGGAACUUGGGAUAGUUUCACACUCAGUGAUCAUAGGAUUGUCACUCGGAGUCUCACAUAGCCCAUGCACAAUAAGACCCUUGAUCGGAGCACUAUCAUUCCAUCAGUUCUUUGAAGGUUUUGCUCUUGGAGGCUGCAUCUCACAGGCCCAGUUUAGGAACCUUCAUUCGACCCUGAUGGCAUGCUUUUUCGCAUUAACAACCCCCAUCGGGAUCUCUGUUGGGAUUGGUGUUUCUUCAAUUUACAAUGCUGAUAGCCCAAGAGCGCUAAUAAUAGAAGGCAUAUUCGACUCGAUAUCUGCCGGAAUUCUGGUGUACAUGGCGCUAGUGGAUUUAAUAGCAGCGGAUUUCUUGAGUAAGAGAAUGAGCUGCAAUUUGAGGCUGCAAGUGGUGUCAUAUUUCGCUUUGUUCUUAGGGGCAGCGCUGAUGUCUUCACUAGCAGUAUGGGCAUAACUAAAACCUGAGUAUUUGAGCAAAUAGAUGAGUAUUUUUGUUUAUGGUUCUUUUAUUCUUUCCUUUGAAUUGCCCAUCCCUGCUUGUUUCUGUUGUUGUUAGAUGGUGAACUGAUGAUGGUCUCCUCCAACAUGGCCAUUUUUUGUUCUGAAGAUCAUGUUCAUGUAAAAGGUUUAGUGUAGCUCUCAAGAAAUGGUGUUGUAUUUUAGUUAAGGAAUUCAAGUCCGCUGAUUACACUUCUUCCA